UAUUUCAGUGUCAACUUCUGAAGGCAUUAUUUAUGCACAUAUUGGAAUUUUGUAUAUUUAAAUACAUAUCAUUAAUCUAUAGAUUCUCAGUUUCUUUACAUCUGGGUCUCACCAGGUUCCACCUUUGUGCUUUGUUCCUUGCUCCAGACUUUGUUCCCUCCUUCUCUGGCUUCUGCAUAGCUGUUGCACAUAUCACCUCAUCUUUCUGUCCUUGGCCUUUACUUCUGCUCCCCCAUCAGUUUUGCAGUGCUGGUAUGGGCAUAACUGAUCAGUAGAUAACUGAUGACUUAAUCUAGAUACUUGUCUCUUGGUGCAGAAGACUUAAGUUAAUAUCUAAAGUGGAUUUAACGCUGGCGUACACUGGCUUGUGCAGUCUUUCUGCAUUUCAUUCAUGCUACGUAGUAUAAGGACCAGAAUUCAUAGAAUCAAUUCAUUUAACUCUGAAUCAUUUCAGAGGUAGGCCAGACAUCUGUUCUCAUUCUUCGGGUAAUUUUGAGAUGGAUAGUAUUUUAGUUUCAUGGUACGGAAUUUGAAGACAGGAAUGUGUGAAAUUCUUUUUCUUUACUCUUCCAGGUACAAAAAUAUAACGUGCGUUGUUUAUACUGGUGAUAGAGAUGUCACUGGAGAAGAUAUAGUAGAAGGCGCAUUCAGAAGAUUCAAUAUUAAAUUAUUUCAUCCUGUGAAGUUUGUAUUUCUAGAAAAACGGUAUCUUGUGGAAGCUUGUCUUUACCCUUACUUCACUUUGCUGGGACAAAGUUUAGGGUCUGUGUUUCUUGGUUGGGAAGCUCUUCUAAAGUGUGUUCCUGAUGUUUAUAUUGACUCAAUGGGCUAUGCCUUCACGCUUCCACUCUUUAAAUAUUUAGGCGGUUGUCGUGUUGGAUGCUAUGUUCAUUAUCCCACUAUCAGUACCGACAUGCUUUCUGUAGUUAGGAAUCAGGAUACCAGAUUUAACAAUGCAGCGUUCAUUACAAACAACCCUCUUUUCAGCAAAUUUAAACUUGUCUACUACUACUUGUUUGCCUUUAUGUAUGGAUUGGUUGGUUCUUGCAGUGAUGUGAUUAUGGUUAAUUCUUCUUGGACGCUAAAUCACAUCCUUUCCCUCUGGAGAGCUGGGGCUUGCACUAGCGUUGUGUACCCACCGUGCGAUGUUCAGACCUUCUUGGAUAUUCCACUGGAACAGGAAAAGAGCGCUGCUGAAUAUUCCAUUGUUUCUGUCAGCCAGUUCAGGCCUGAAAAAGAUCAUCCUUUGCAAAUUAGAGCCUUUGCUAAAAUGCUGAAAAAGAAGAGACUGGGGCAGCAGCCAUCACUGAAGCUUAUCUUAAUUGGAGGCUGUCGUAACCAGCAAGAUGAAGAGCGUGUAGAUGAUCUUAAACGUCUUUGUGAAGAGCUAGGAGUUAGUAACGAUGUGACGUUCAGAAUAAACAUUCCAUUUGAGGAGCUAAAGAAGCACCUGGCUGAGGCUACCAUCGGCCUGCACACGAUGUGGAAUGAACACUUCGGGAUUGGCGUAGUUGAAUGUAUGGCAGCUGGCACAGUUAUCCUGGCUCACAAUUCUGGAGGCCCCAAAUUAGAUAUUGUGGUACCCUAUGAAGGACAUAUUACAGGCUUCCUAGCAGAAAGUGAGGACAGUUACGCUGAGACUAUGGCACAUAUUCUCUCUUUGUCUCCUGAUCAAAGGUUAGAGAUCAGAGAAAAUGCUCGUCAGUCUGUGCACAGAUUUUCUGACCAGCAUUUUGAAGAGACGUUUCUGUUAUCUGUGGAGCCAUUAUUUAAAUAAAUGUAUAUGUAUAAAACUGUAUGUGAAUAAAAUUAACUUUUUGUAUUUGACCAUAUGUCUCCUGUAAAUAUAUUGCAAUCUAUGAUCCCAUGGUCCUAUUCAAAAAGAUUUUUUUCCUUCUGUCAGGAUAUCUGCUGUAUGUAAUAGAGAUUUUUUUUUUACUAGGGAAGAAAUGCUGCUGAAAUUUUUCUGUGUUGACUAUCUGACAAUACAGUGCACUGCAAAACCGUCUGAAUUCACAACAUUUUCCUGCUUAAUAGAAGAACAACUGGAAGAUCUUUUAUUUAUUGAAUAUUUAUUUUGCCUUCAAACAGUCCCCACCCAUUUCAUAACUUUUCACCCACCGUCACACUUUUUUAAAUCAACAUUUUUGUGUGAUAGCUUUCAUAUCCAGAUUUUUUUCCAGAAUCUUUAUCACGUUUUAAAUUUGCUGUCCCUCACUGAGUGGCAUGCCCGGUUUUAAAUGUGGUUCUUCUUGAUCUUCUCAUGCAUAAGAUAGGCUCCUUUUUACUUCUAAUGAAAACGUUAAUUCUCUAAUAAUGUGCAGAAUCCUUCCAGAAACGUACAAUGCGUCUGCAGGCACUUGUAUCCAUGUAUAGACUUCUUCCAUGGUAUAGUUAAGUACUCUCUCACAAUAUGAAAAGCAAAUGAAUUCAUUUUUUGGAAUCUUUUGCCUGCAUUUUCUAAUGAGAACACCUAGGUAGCUGUUUCUCAAAUGGGCUUAAAUGGAGAUUUCACUAGCAUUAACUACAGUGAUUGCUCUAGGUUAAUCGUAUGGUAUUUACUAACUUGCUUGUUAAUAAGUGUAAUAGCUGUACUUGUAUAUGCUACUUACAUUAACUCUUUUCUCCUGUUCUUCUACUGUAUGACAACAGUAUUUUUGCAAUCCUAUUCUAUUGCAGAUUUUUCUAUCCUUAAGGAAAAGGAGGCUCUAGAUUAGAGGACAUGUUUAAACGAUACACCUUUGUGAAAUUUCCAGCUGUAAACUACUGCUUAUUAUUAAAUUGAGAACAAAAUGAACCAACUGUUAAAAGAAUAGAUGUACUUUUUUUGUCAAAAGUGGAAAAAUGUGUAGCCUUUUCUGAGCCCACAAAGCAGUAUUUUGUAUUUUAGCCAACUAAAAGAGCGGUGCAAAAAACUACUGAAAUCAGAGUUAAAAUGUCUUUUUCCCUCUAUUUAAACUUUACCUGGAUUAUAUGAAAUUUUGUAUGUGAAAAAAUACAGUUGGAAGAACCUGUUGUUCAUGUCUUAUUAGGAAUUUGGAAAAGCACAAUCCUCAUGGUGCUAAUAAACACUGCUACUGCUACUAUAUAAAACUGCUGAAGAGUUGGUGACGCUAUGUACAGUCAGUACUGCGUAAAUCAAACAUGGGGAUUAUAAAGCUAUAUUGGCAACACAAAGAGGUAAUGACAACCUGGAAAAGCUUGUUAAAACAGGAGCUUUGCUGAGAAGGGAAGAACAAACAUACUUACUAGGACACUUUUCUUAAACGAUACAAAAAUGGUUGAAGAGAGCAUAUAGUCAGAAAUGUACUAAAGUCAAUGUUGUCAGAGAUGUCCAGAGUUCAUUAGAAUAGUAAAGAUGAAAAUUCAUUUCAGUCUGUAUCAGGAUUUUUCAACAUUGAGGCAUCCAAGUAAGUAGCCUGAUUUUUCUGUUUUUUAGACAAGAAUGACACCAACCCUCUAUUAAUUUUGAAAAGCAGCUGAUUUACUUGGCAUUUAAUGUCACAUG